ACCGGAAACGGGCUGCAUGUUUAAAUAGUAACAGCCGCUCUGAUGACAGUGGUGAGCUCUUGGCUAACAACAAUGAGAAGUGCUAGCUGCGAUAAUCGUGCAAUUAUUUUUGACUACGCUUCUAUGAGGUUGUAACCUGCCCACCGUCACAUCUGGAUGCAGAGAGCCCUGAUUUUAUCAGCGCACACGACUUUCUGCGUCGGCCUAAAGCAACUUCGGACGGCGCGCGGAUCCCUUUCUGUCGCUCCGAGCUUUAAACCUCCGCCUCCGCUUCUCCCUGGCCGCCGACUCCAUCGCCUCUCCUCCGAGCUCCUCCAGGACCAGCGUCCCCGGCUCUCCCCGCAUCGGCGUUUCUCCCACCGGCCGGACAUGGCAGAGCAGAGGUUCAUCGUGGAGUACGCCAAGCGCGGCACGGCGGGAUGCAAGAAGUGCAAGGACAAAAUCCCCAAGGAGGUGGUGCGCAUCGGGAAGAUCGUGCCGAACCCCUUCAGCGAGUCCGCGGGGGAAAUGAAGGAGUGGUAUCACGUCAAGUGUAUAUUCGAGAAGCUGGAGAGGGCGAGAGCCACCACCAAGAAGAUCGAGGACAUCACGGACCUGGAGGGCUGGGAGGAGCUGCAGGACCAAGACAAGGAGGUCAUCAAUAAACACGUUUCAGACCUGAUGGCCAAAGUCAACGCCAGUCCAAAGAAGAAAGCGUCGGCCAAGACGAACACCUCCGGUCAGCUGAUGGCUCCGCCCGCCGACCCGUCCGUCAACGCGCCGCGGAAGUUCUCCGGCUUCACGGCUGCCAAAGCGGGCGGCAGCGCCGCCGCCGCCGGCGGCCCCGGACCGUCCCCUCCCCCCGCCUCGGCCAACGACAGCCGGGGCAGCCCCCUGUCCGCCCAGCUCUGCGACCCCCGGCACAAGGACUGCCUCUUCAGAGAGUUCCGCAAGCUCUGCGCCACGGUGGCCGAGCACAACAGCUACAACGUGAAGACGCAGAUCAUCGAGAAGUUCCUCCGGAAGGGCUCCGGCGGAGACAAGUUCCACGGAGAUCUCUUCCUCACGGUGAAGCUGCUCCUGCCGGGCGUCGUGAAGAGCGUCUACAACCUCAACGACAAGCAGAUCGUGAAACUCUUCAGCCGCAUCUUCAGGUGCAGCCAGGAGGAGAUGGUGCGCGACCUGGAGCAGGGCGACGUGUCUGAAACGGUGAGGAUGUUCUUCGACAAGAGCAAAUCGUUCCCCGCGGCCACCAAGAGCCUCCUGACCAUCCAGGAAGUGGACGCCUCGCUGACCCGCCUCGCCCAGCUGACCAAGGAGGACGAGCAGCAGACCGAGCUGGAGGAGAUCAGCAAGAAGUGCACCAGCAAUGACCUCAAAUGCAUCAUUCGGCUCAUUAAACACGACUUGAAGAUGAACUCUGGAGCAAAACACGUCUUGGACGCCGUGGAUCCAAACGCUUACGAUGCCUUCAAGGCCUCGCGUAACCUAGGCGACGUGAUUGAGCGGGUGCUGAGGAACCAGCAGGAAGCGUCCGACGGCUCGGGACCCAGGAAGCUGCUCACCGUGGAGGCCUCGCUCAUGACCCCCGUUCAGCCCAUGUUGGCGGAGGCGUGUAAGUCGGUGGAGUACGCCAUGAAGAAAUGCCCCAACGGCAUGUACUCGGAGAUCAAGUACGACGGGGAGCGCGUGCAGGUCCACAAGAACGGAGACCACUUCAGCUACUUCAGCCGCAGCCUCAAGCCCGUGUUACCACACAAAGUGGCCCAUUUCAAGGACUACAUCCCCCAGGCGUUCCCCGGGGGCCACAGCAUGAUAUUGGACGCUGAAGUUCUUCUAAUUGACACAAACACCAGUAAACCCCUGCCCUUCGGGACUCUGGGUGUCCACAAGAAAGCGGCGUUUCAGGACGCCAACGUCUGCCUCUUUGUGUUCGACUGCAUCUACUUCAACGGCGUGAGUCUCAUGGAGAGGCCUCUGUGUGAACGCAGGAAGUUCCUGGUCGACAACAUGGUGGAGGUGACCAACAGGAUCCUGUUCUCAGAGAUGAAACACGUCACUAGGGCAGGCGACCUGGCUGAGAUGAUAACCCGAGUCAUCAGGGAGGGACUGGAGGGCCUGGUGCUGAAGGACUUGAAGGGCUCCUAUGAACCGGGGAAGCGCCACUGGCUGAAGGUGAAGAAGGACUAUCUGAACGAAGGCGCGAUGGCCGACACGGCCGACCUGGUGGUGCUGGGGGCCUUCUACGGAAAAGGCUCCAACGGGGGCAUCAUGUCCAGCUUCCUGAUGGGCUGUUACGACCCACACUCCAAGAAAUGGUGCACGGUCACCAAGUGCUCCGGAGGCUAUGACGACGCCACCUUGGCCCGGCUCCAGAAGGAGCUCGAUGUGAUUAAAAUCAGCAAGGAGCCGAGCAAAAUCCCAGGCUGGCUGAAAGUCAUCAAGAACUAUUAUCCGGAUUUCAUUAUUCGCGAUCCUCAGCGAGCGCCCGUCUGGGAGAUCACGGGCGCAGAGUUCUCCAAAUCAGAAAUGCACACCGCCGACGGCAUCUCCAUCCGCUUCCCCCGAAUGACGCGUAUCCGUGACGACAAGGACUGGAAGACGGCCACCAACUUGGACCAGCUCAAAGAGCUCUUCCGCAUAUCGAAGGAGAACUGUGACUUUAACGUGACGGCCGGACCGUCCACGAUCAAGGAGGAGAAGAGCUCCUCUGGAGGAGACAGCGGGGGGAGCUCCCCGGCCCCCCCACCGCCCCGUGGACCUCCACCCAAGAAGACCAUCAGCACCCCCAAAACCAAGGCGAUAAAAUCUGAGCCUCGCACUCCUGGCUCAGGCCCACCGAGCGCCAAGAAGGAGAAGAAGAGCGAAAGCGUCCAAAGUAACGGACGAACCCAACCGAAGGCCACGGCCGCGCUACUCGAGCCGAGGGCCGACAAGACGCUGCUGGACGUCUUCAGCGGGGUGAAGCUCUUCCUGCCCGUCUCCGUGCAGGAUUUCCACAAGCUGAGGAGGUACUUCGUGGCGUACGACGGCGACGUGGUGCAGGACUAUGAAGUCGCCACGGCAACGCACACGCUGGCCGAGCCCGAAGACGACAGCCAGGCGGAGAGAGUGUCGCCCGACUGGAUCUGGGAAUGUAUCCGCAAGAGGCGGAUCGUGCCUCCCUGCUAACAAUAAAGACGUCCGUUAACAUGUUUCUGCGUGUGCGGAGAAAAUUGGGCUGUGAAUCAUGAAAUGCAUCGUUUAAUGUUUUGAACACACCAUCAUGAAUAAACAACUCCCAACAAUU